GUUAUGAUCAGAAAAGGACACAUCUUACAGCCAUAUGGGACUGAUUGACUGAAGAGUGACUGACAAUAUGUCCAGCAUGGGAUUUUUAACGCGUCUGUGUUUGGUUUUUGUCGGCUACAUUUGUAGCUACAAAGCCAUACCUCUACACCCCAGCCAGGAGCCCCUGAACGACAGACCUGUGAUUGGUGUUUUGACUCAAUUAGUUUCUGAUGACGUCAUGAAGCCGUUUGGGAGGACGUACAUACCCGACUCCUACGUGAACUACAUAGAGUCUGGGGGGAGCAGGGUGAUGCCGAUCAGGCUGACGCUUUCUACUGCUGAGUAUGAAAACAUCUUUAGGAAGAUAAAUGGCCUGUUUUUUAUUGGUGGAGCUGCAAAUUUGGUGACUUCAGACUACGCCAGGGUGGCAAAGAUCUUUUACAGACUUGCACUGGAGGCCAAUGAUGCUGGAGAUUUCUUCCCCAUCUGGGGCACGUGUAUGGGCAUGCAGCUCCUCACUGUGCUGGUUGCAGGUGAAAACCUACUUUCAUACACCCCAGCUGAGAACAUCGCCCUGCCUCUCAACUUUACAGCCGAGACCCUCUCCAGCAAAAUGUUUCAAGGCUUUCCUAAAGAACUCCUACAGGCUUUGGUAGAAGAACCUCUGACAGGAAAUUUUCACAAAUAUGGACUCACAGUAAAGACUUUUGAGGAAAGCGAGAAGCUGAGCAGUUUCUUCACUCUGCUGUCCACGAAUGUUGCUGAAAAUGGAGCUCGCUUUGUCUCCACCAUGGAAGGUAAAAAGUAUCCCUUCUAUGGAGUGCAGUGGCACCCAGAGGGGAAUCGUUUCCAGUGGGACAUGGGGCUCAACUUUCCUCACUCCGCUCACGCCGUUCAGUUGUCGUCGCUGCUGGCUGAGUUUUUUGUCAAUGAAGGUAUCACUUCUGAUUGGAUACACUCAGCAUAA